AUAGCAUUGCAAUCUGGACAAGCCAUAGCGCGCCGUGGAAACUACGCUACUACAGUUGUGUUACAAGUUGUAUUAUUCUCUACGAGGCAAAAACUGGACGAAGACACUCAGAGGAAACAUUAUAACAUUGUAUACAGACUGAAAAAAAACAGUCAAAAGCGGACGUUUCUUCUUUUUCCCCGCAAAAACGAGGAUAUGUUGCUGGACAUGUGAAUUAGGAGUUACUACCAGUACCCCCCAAAAUGAAGCUCGCCUCUUCACAGUAUUUCUUCGGCUUUCUCUUCACUUCGGUUGUGGUUCGGGUGAGCUCGUCACAGUCAGUAUGUGCUGGCACGGAGAACAAGCUGAGCACACUGUCAGACCUGGAGCAGCAAUACCGUACCCUGCGCAAGUACUACGAGAACUGCGAGGUGGUGAUGGGCAACCUGGAGAUCACCAGCAUCGACCGCAACCGCGACCUGUCCUUUCUAAGGUCCAUUCGGGAGGUGACGGGCUACGUGCUGGUGGCCCUGAACCAGUUUGACUACCUGCCCCUGGAGAACCUGCGCAUCAUCCGAGGCACCAAGCUGUACGAAGAGCGCUACUCCCUGGCCAUCUUCCUCAACUACCGCCGCGACGGAAACUUCGGCCUGCGCCAGCUGGGCCUGAGGAACCUGACCGAGAUCCUGAAUGGCGGUGUGUAUGUGGACCAGAACAAGUUCCUCUGCCAUGCCGACACCAUCCACUGGCAGGACAUUGUCAAAAACCCCCGCUCCGAGCUCCUCGUGGUGCCCACCAAUAUCAGCGUUGGAUGCAGCCGCUGUCACCGAUCCUGUAACGGCCGUUGCUGGGGACCCCGUGCCGACGAAUGCCAGAUCUUGACAAAAACGGUGUGCGCUGAGCAGUGUGACGGGCGCUGUUUCGGCCCCUACGUCAGCGACUGCUGCCACCGGGAGUGUGCGGGAGGAUGCUCCGGUCCUAAAGACACUGAUUGCUUUGCCUGCACCAACUUCAAUGACAGCGGCGCGUGUGUGACUCAGUGCCCUCAGCCCUUCGUCUACAACCCCACCACCUUCCAGCUGGAGCACAACCCCAAGGCGAAGUACACCUACGGAGCGUUCUGCGUCAAGAAGUGUCCGCAUAACUUUGUGGUGGACCACAGCUCCUGCGUGCGUGCCUGUCCCAGCAACAAGAUGGAGGUGGAGGAGAACCGCAUCAAGAUGUGCAUCCCCUGCACUGACAUCUGUCCCAAAGCGUGCGACGGCAUAGGCACUGCCAGCCUGCAGGCAGCGCAGACCGUGGACUCCAGCAACAUCGACAAGUUCGUCAACUGCACCAAGAUCAACGGCAACCUGGUGUUUCUUAUCACCGGGAUAAAAGGGGAUGUGUAUCACGGUAUAGAGGCACUGGACCCCGAGAAGCUGAACGUGUUCCGGACUGUCAGGGAGAUCACAGGCUUUCUGAAUAUCCAGUCCUGGCCAGAGAAUAUGACAGACCUCAGUGUGUUCUCCAAUCUGGCGAUCAUCGGUGGCAGAUCACUGUACAGCGGUAUCUCCCUACUGAUCCUGAAGCAGCAGUGGAUCUCCUCCCUGCAGCUUCAGUCCCUGAAUGAGAUCAGCGCUGGUAAUGUCUACAUCACCAACAACAGCCAGCUCUGCUACUACAACACAGUCAACUGGACCAGCCUGUUCCGCACCAACAACCAGAAGGUCCUGAUCCGCAACAACCGCGACCCCAGGGAGUGCACCUUGGAGCGGAUGGUGUGUGACCCGUUAUGCUCAGAUGGCGGCUGCUGGGGCCCUGGGCCAGACCAGUGCCUGUCCUGUCGUUAUUUCAGCAGGGGGCGCACUUGCGUGGAGUCCUGCAACCUCUACGAAGGGGAUGUGCGCGAGUUUGCUAACGGCUCCGUGUGCCUGGAGUGUGACCCCCAGUGCGAGAAGGCCGAGGACAACAUGCUGACCUGCCAUGGCCCGGGCCCUGAUCACUGCGUUAAGUGCCUGCACUUCAAAGACGGGCCCAACUGCGUGGAGAAGUGUCCAGACGGACUGCAGGGAGCCAACAGCUUCAUCUUCAAAUACGCUGAGGCCAACAAUGAGUGUCAUCCCUGCCACUCCAACUGCACUCAGGGGUGCAUUGGGCCCCGAAUACAAGACUGCGUGGGAAUGAUGGACAGAACUCCGCUCGUUGCGGCCGGAGUAAUCGGGGGGCUGUUCGUGGUGGUCAUCGUGGCGCUGAGUGUGGCCGUCUACGUCCGCCGCAAGAGCAUCAAAAAGAAGAGGGCCCUGCGGCGCUUCCUGGAGACAGAGCUGGUGGAGCCCCUCACCCCCAGCGGCACAGCCCCAAACCAGGCCCAGCUGCGCAUUCUGAAGGAGACGGAGCUGAAGAGGGUGAAGAUUCUGGGUUCUGGGGCCUUUGGCACUGUCUACAAGGGCAUCUGGGUGCCAGAAGGUGAGACAGUGAAGAUCCCGGUGGCCAUAAAGAUUCUGAAUGAGACCACAGGACCCAAAGCCAACGUGGAGUUCAUGGACGAGGCCCUGAUCAUGGCCAGCAUGGAGCACCCCCACCUGGUGAGGCUGCUGGGGGUGUGCCUGAGCCCCACCAUUCAGCUGGUCACGCAGCUCAUGCCCCAUGGCUGCCUGCUGGACUACGUCCACGAGCACAAGGACAACAUCGGCUCCCAGCUGCUGCUCAACUGGUGUGUCCAGAUCGCCAAGGGCAUGAUGUACCUGGAGGAGAGGAGGCUGGUGCACCGGGACCUGGCUGCCCGGAAUGUUCUGGUGAAGUCCCCCAACCACAUCAAGAUCACAGACUUCGGACUGGCUCGGCUGCUGGACGCGGAUGAGAAGGAGUACAAUGCAGAUGGGGGCAAGAUGCCCAUUAAAUGGAUGGCCUUGGAGUGUAUCCACUACAGGAAGUUCACCCACCAGAGUGAUGUAUGGAGUUACGGGGUGACCAUCUGGGAGCUGAUGACCUUUGGAGGGAAGCCCUAUGAUGGGAUCCCCACCCGGGAGAUCCCCGAUCUGCUGGAGAAGGGAGAGCGCCUGCCCCAGCCCCCCAUCUGCACCAUUGACGUCUACAUGGUCAUGGUGAAAUGCUGGAUGAUAGAUGCAGACAGCAGACCCAAGUUCAAGGAGCUGGGGGCGGAGUUCUGCAGAAUGGCCCGUGAUCCCCAGCGUUACCUGGUCAUUCAGGGCGAUGACCGCAUGAAGCUUCCCAGUCCCAAUGACAGCAAGUUUUUCCAGAGCCUGCUGGAUGAGGAGGAGCUGGAGGACCUGAUGGAUGCUGAGGAGUACCUCGUCCCGCAUGCCUUCAACGUCCCCCCGCCAUCCUACACGCCCCGCCCACGGGUCGACUCCAACCGGAACCAGUUUGUGUACCGGGACGGCAGCUUCGCCAUGGAGGAGAUGAUGUCGGCUCACCCCCGCGUGGCGGCGGUGGCGGCGGCGGCGGCCCCAGCCUGCGGCCCCUCGGAGCAGCUGGCCGCGCAGAGCGCCCUGGAAGCCUUCGAGGACCCGCGCUGCAACGGCACGCUGCGUAAACAGGCCUCGCCCCGCCCCGGCGAGGACAGCGGCACCCAGCGCUACAGCGCCGACCCCACCGUCUUCCUGGCGGAGCGCGGGCCACGGGGGGACACCGACGAGGACGGCUACAUGACCCCCAUGAAGGACAGGACGCCUUCGGCGGACUAUCUCAACCCCGUGGAAGAGAACCCCUUCGUUACACGCCGUAAGAACGGGGACGUUCACGCACUGGAUAACCCUGGGUACCACGGCGCCCCCAACGGGCAGCCUAAGGUAGAGGACGAGUAUGUCAAUGAGCCCCUCUACCUCAACACCUUCCACAACACAGGCGAAAAGGGCCAGGAGUUUCUGAAGAAGAACGGGGUGCCUGCCCCCCACACCACAGCCGCCGCCACCGCUGCUACUGUUGCUCACGCCCCUCGUCCCAGCCAAACUGGCCUCCCCCCUCACCCUGUCCAGGCGGGCCACGCCCAUCACCCCGCCCAGCCUGCUCACCCUCACGCUGGCCACCCCUCACAUGCUCUCCAUCCAGGCCACACCCUCCACCCGGGCCACGCCCCUCACCCUGCGCACACUGGCACCAUCCUGGCAGACAAGAAGCCCAAGAAGACCUUCGACAAUCCAGAGUACUGGCACCACAGCCUCCCCCCAAAAGCCAGCCUGCACAACCCCGAGUACCUGCAGGAGUGCAGUGCCAAGUUCUUCUACAAACAGAACGGCCGCAUCCGGCCCGCCGUGGCUGAAAACCCAGAGUACCUGUCCGAGUUCUCCCUCAAGCCCGGCACUGUGCUGCCGCCCCCGCCCUAUCGCCAGCGGAACACUGUGGUGUAGAGAGAGGAAGGAGCGGCCGCCUGCUCCUCUCAAUCUGGUUCCCGUGCCAGCGCCUGACACCUUCCAGCUUUCUCCGUCUCCUUCGAUCUGGAACAAGCAGCACUCAACCUACCACUGACUCGAACCCGACACACGCUCCGAAUCGCGUGUUCCUUGUAGGGGAAGCUGUGGCAACUCCACCUCCCCCACACACAAACUUAACUGAGUACGAAUGUCCCAGUACUGACUUGUCAAUGAGACGCUCUUCUUCCUUUUCCUCAUCCCAAACUCGCCAUGGUGAUCUUUGCCUCUGGAAUCGGAUCCUUCUUAAGUAACGUUAGCCGUCUUGGAUGUAGACCGUCAUCUUGUCUUUCACCAGAGUGGAUUCUCUCUCCCCUCUCUUUAGAAUGAGUUUGUGACAAUGGGAAGAGUUUAAAGCAAUAUAGAGAAAGCUGGUGUGUGACUUCACAGGUAUUCUAUGAAUACAGGGUCGUGUCAACAAUUAAAUGAAGUACUGUGGGAGAGCCGAUGCGGAAAUAUCAGAGGACAGUAUCACCUAACACGAUAUUUGACAUGCAUUUAAGUCUGUAACGCUGAAUCACUAGAGCUCAGUUUGAGAACUGUAAUUCACAGCCAUCAGACCAACAAUCUGACACUAAUACGUGUUAAGGUCAUUUGUACAGUUCUACAGUUCUAGUACAUCCUAGUUUCCCACCAGCAGUUUCAUGAAAACUUUCUGUGCAUAUCUUGUAUAGUAUUCUGAUAUCACCAACACUAAGUUACAACCAUGUGUAAUUUGGCAAUCUCACAAAUGCAAACUGAAUGCAAAUUCAAGCAGUUGGAGUUUUUGAUAUUGUGUUGUUAUGCAUAUGCAAUUCAGUUCACAAGUUUUUUUGCACUGUAUUAUAGAGCUAAUUUUAACCAUGACCAUUGCAUUUGGUUCCUGUUUUAAAAUAUUCCCUCAACCGAUGGAAAAAAAAAACUAAUUUGUCUCUAUUCAGCAGCUGAAAGGUAAUAUUAUAGGGAUUUGAAUUAUGGCUUUAAGCAGAAGCUUUGUUGAUCUUGGUCAGAAAACAGUACAAGUGUGAGGACGUAACCACAGUGUCACCAAGAGAAAUGAAAUGUAAUAUAACUGGAAAUCUCAGGAGACACUGUGAUCAAAACACAAGGUGAGCAAAUAUGGUAUCAUCAUGCGCUUUCACUUGGGGAAAACAGCCAACAGCAGUGGUGACUCAAGAUCUCUUCACAGAAGUUGGCUACAAAUGUCUUCUCAGAUUUCAGAGAAAGAAAACGACCAUAGGACCAACAACUAUUACAUCUUUUUUGGAAUUUCUACAAGCACCCCUUCAUUUCUUUUCCUUGGUCGUGGCCAUUUUUGGUCACAAGCAGCCAGUCGAAGAUGCAGACACAGCCACCACUCCCUAAACCCCAUAGUGAUGCAAAGGGGAGGGAUUUAUUGCGUGCGAAAAUCACGGUACAGAAAAUGAAGGAGAGGCAGGAAAACAGGGUUUGAGUGGAACCUCUGAGCAUCCUGUGCACUGUAUACUGUAAAAAGAGGAACCGGCACUAAAACGCAAGAAGCCCUGGGGGGCUGUUGUACUGUGGGAGGGUAGGGGGAAGAAUAAAAGGUCUCAUCCCUUCUACUUUCCCACUUGGGCAAGUUACAAAGUCCAUCUGGUGCAAAGAGGUCUGAAGACGCCCCCCUCCCCCCACUGGACCCUCAUGCACUGACACCCCUUUUACAUGGAAAUGUAAAAGGGGGAAACUGGUAGAAGAAGUUCUGCAGGCCAGGUAAACAAGAGCAUAGGAGAAGAGGUAAAUCAUUCUGGAAAUUUGGACGCCACUGAGAUGGGGAAUGAGCCAUUCACAUGCUUCCUACCCAAACACUGAGUUGGCUUUUUCUUUCGAAGAGCUCACGAGGGCAACAGAGGGUUUAUCUAACUGGGCUGUGGGAGGAGGGAUCUGAAUGCACUGCAACUGAGAUGGACAUUAUAGCAGUAGGAAGCAUACGGUGGGGUUUCAACAUCAGACUGUUACGUUUUUACACAGAGUGACCCAGGCCUAAGUCAGGCUAAGACUAGGCCUUUACCAGACAUGGCUCAGCCUCGACUUACCGCUGUCCUCUAUCCUUCUCCAGAAGGUUUACCUCAAACUGGUGGACAAAACUGUGCCAAGACAUUCUGAGGGGUUUAUUCAGUUAAUUUAAUUCAAUUUAGUAACAUAACAUGAAGCUACAGUAAAUGAUAAUGUUGACCUUUUUUUUUAGAAAUAUAUGUGAAAAUGUUGAAAGGAAACAUACAUAGAAAUCAUGUCUAUUGAUUGCCAGCACCAUUUGUCUAUGAGAACACUGCCAGAUGCUAUAUUUGCUGCUAUGGUGGAAGCACUCAUCUCUGAGAAUCUCUGACUUGGGACUUUUUCUUAAUUUAAUCUUAUAGCACUUAAUACUCUGGUGCGGCCACAUGAAUUAUUUAAUUAUUUUACUUAUAUUUAAUCACUUUGUAGAAAUCAUGCAGUCCAUAUCACUACUAUUUUGGCUACAUAGGAACUGCAGUUUUUAAUGUGUUCCUGUGUAUAUGAUGAAGGCUUACCCCAGAUGGAGCACUUUAGUCACACUAGAAGUGGGAAAUAAUGGUUGACGUUGCUAUUCUUUGCAGGGACAAUACAAUGCCCAAACUAUAUCAGGAAGUACAGGGAGCUGAGAGACUCUAUAUAUGUCUACACUUCUACAGAACUUUAGGCAAAUUUAUCAUGCCUAAAGAUAUAGGUCUGAGUGGGUGCGGCAGCAAAGUGAAUUUUCUGCAUUGUUUAGGCCUCUGUUUGAGCAUCCUUGGCUCAUGACAUGCCUAACAAAGAUAUAUACAUUCUGGCUGCACCAGACCUUUACGUAUAUAUUCAUUUGUUACUAUGGCCAAUAAUAUUUUGUACUCAUUUUCAGCACAGAUGUUUUCAUUCAUAAUCAUUUGUAAUGGUAAUUUCUCUGUCUUUCUGUUUCAGUGAAGGUCUGUUCUAAAUGUGUUGAACAUAGAGAUUCAUUACUUUAAUGUCAUCAGAGUGAUUCUGGAAAUUUCUGUCAAAGAGGAUUAUACUCUAAAAUUUGAACCCCACCAGCCAGUUCCUGGCUCUUAAAAGGGCCAACAUUACAGACCUCAUAAGUGCAAAGACUGUGGGUCUUCACAUACAAGUAAUGCAAUUAUAUUUUCAUGCCACCUAAUGCCCCUCUGCAAAAGAUUUCUGAAUGUCGUUACAUCCCCCCCAAGCAAACAGAGACCCAUGCUAGAUAAUACCAUCAAACCUGUAGUGCGAGAAAGCAAAGAUAUUACCAUUUCAUCACAAAGGCUGCAUCAACUGUACAGGAGAUAAUCUUGUCAGUAGACAUGAAUACUGGAGUUUCUUUUAUCGAAGACAUUUGUAAAAAAAAAAAAAAAGAAAAAGAAAAAAACGUAUGUAGCAUACACUGUUACUGAGUUGGAGUGGGUGAAACUUUAUUUAAAAUAAACAAGCAGCUAACUGAGGAACAACUUGACCAAGCACCACCGUCGUAGCAUGGAAGGACAAACGGGUGGAAGGAUGAAUGUUGGGAUAGACUUGGUCUCUUGAAUGAAAAGACUAAUCCACAUGGAACUUCCUCCAGAUUUCAGUGUGUUUAUUAGGGUUUACUGUUUUUCAUCUGUUAUUUUGAUAAGACCAUUUAUUUGAAAA